AUGGCCGAAGCUGCCUCCGGCGCCGGGGGCACGUCCCUGGAGGGUGAGCGUGGCAAGAGGCCCCCGCCGGACGGCGAGCCUGCAGCCCCGGCGUCCGGAGUUCUGGAUAAGCUUUUUGGGAAGCGGCUCCUGCAGGUGGGUCGGUACCUGGUGUCCCACAAGGCAUGGAUGAAGACGGUGCCCACAGAGAACUGCGACGUGUUGAUGACCUUCCCAGACACGACCGAUGACCUGAACCACAUCCGCGUGGGCAUCCCCGAGCUCAUCGUGCAAGUCCGCCACCAUCGCCACACGCGUGCCUAUGCCUUCUUCGUCACCGCCACGUAUGAGAGCCUACUCAGAGGGGCCGACGAGCUGGGUCUGCGCAAAGCAGUGAAGACUGAGUUUGGCGGGGGCACCCGCGGCUUCUCCUGCGAGGAGGACUUCAUCUACGAGAACGUGGAGAGUGAGCUGCGCUUCUUCACCUCCCAGGAGCGCCAGAGCAUCAUCCGCUUCUGGCUGCAGAACCUCCGUGCCAAGCAGGGAGAGGCACUGCACAAUGUGCGCUUUCUGGAGGACCAGCCAAUCAUCCCUGAACUGGCGGCCCGCGGGAUCAUCCAGCAGGUGUUCCCAGUCCACGAGCAGCGCAUCCUGAAUCGCCUCAUGAAGUCAUGGGUGCAGGCUGUGUGUGAAAACCAGCCUCUAGAUGAGAUCUGCGACUACUUUGGUGUGAAGAUUGCCAUGUACUUUGCCUGGCUGGGUUUCUACACAUCGGCAAUGGUGUACCCGGCGGUCUUCGGCUCUGUCCUGUACACAUUCACAGAGGCUGAUCAGACAAGCCGGGAUGUAUCCUGCGUGGUCUUUGCCCUCUUCAACGUGGUCUGGUCAACGCUCUUCUUGGAGGAGUGGAAACGGAGGGGAGCAGAGCUGGCCUACAAGUGGGGGACGCUGGACUCACCCGGGGAAGCUGUGGAGGAGCCACGGCCCCAGUUCAGGGGCGUGCGACGCAUCAGCCCCGUGACUCGGGCCGAGGAGUUCUACUACCCGCCCUGGAAGCGGCUGCUUUUCCAGCUGCUUGUGAGUCUCCCCUUGUGCCUCACCUGCCUGGCCUGUGUGUUCCUGCUCAUGCUCGGCUGCUUCCAGCUGCAGGAGCUGGUGCUGAGUGUGAAGGGGCUGCCCCGUCUCGCCCGCUUCCUGCCCAAAGUCAUGCUGGCCCUGCUGGUCAGUGCAAGCGCCGAGGGCUACAAGAAGCUGGCCGUCUGGCUCAACGACAUGGAGAACUACCGGCUGGAGAGCGCCUACGAGAAGCACCUCAUCAUCAAGGUUGUCCUGUUCCAGUUCGUCAACUCAUACCUGAGCCUUUUCUACAUUGGCUUCUACCUCAAGGACAUGGAGCGCCUGAAAGAGAUGCUGGCCACUCUGCUGAUCACCCGCCAGUUCCUCCAGAAUGUUCGAGAGGUCUUGCAGCCGCACCUGUACCGGCGGCUGGGCCGUGGCGAGAUUGGCCUGCGGGCUGCCUGGGAGCUGGCCCGUGCCCUGCUUGGCCUACUGAGCCUCCGGCGCCCUGCACGCCACCUCGAAGCGCAGGCUGAAGAGGGUGUCGGUGGCAGCAGCGGUGGUGGGGGGCGCAGAUGUCUCAGUGGGGCUUGUGGGGCACCUGAGGAGGAGGAGGAGGCCACCAUGGAGCGUCGGCCAGCGGGGGAAGGCGGGGAGGUGGGGGACGGGCCUCGGGGGGGCAGGGAGGAGGAGGAGGACGAGGAGGAGGAGGAGGACGAGGAGGAGGAGGACGAGGAGGAGGAAGGCGGCGAGGGCGGCCUCCUGGACUGCGGGCUUCGGCUGAGGAAGGUCAGCUUUGCUGAGCGGGGGGCUGGGCGGCGGCGGCUGGGCCCAAGCCCGGAGGCCCUCCUGGAGGAGGGGAGCCCCACCAUGGUGGAGAAGGGGCUGGAAGCUGGCGUGUUCACGCUGGCCGAGGAGGACGAUGAGGCCGAGGGGGCUCCCAGCAGCCCUGAACGGGAGCCCCCGGCUGUUCUGCUCCGCCGGGCCAGAGGUGAGGGCCGCGACCAGGGCCCCGAUGGGGGCCCAGACCCAGAGCCGGGCUUGGGUGACUCAGCCCGGAAGCAGCGGCGGCAGAACCGGUCAUCUUGGAUCGACCCACCAGAGGAGGAACACUCGGCCCAGCUCACGCAGGCUGAGCUCGAGAGCUGUAUGAAGAAAUACGAGGACACGUUCCAGGACUACCAGGAGAUGUUUGUGCAGUUUGGCUAUGUCGUGCUCUUCUCGUCUGCCUUCCCCCUGGCUGCCCUCUGCGCCCUCAUCAACAACCUCAUCGAGAUCCGCAGUGACGCCCUCAAGCUGUGCACGGGGCUGCAGCGGCCCUUUGGGCAGCGGGUGGAGAGCAUUGGCCAGUGGCAGAAGGUGAUGGAGGUCAUGGGCGUCCUCGCAAUCGUAGUCAACUGCUAUCUAAUUGGCCAGUGUGGGCAGCUGCAGCGCCUCUUCCCCUGGCUCAGCCCCGAGGCGGCCAUCGUGUCCGUGGUGGUGCUUGAGCACUUCGCUCUGCUUCUCAAGUACCUCAUCCACGUGGCCAUCCCCGACAUCCCGGGCUGGGUGGCUGAGGAGAUGGCCAAGCUGGAGUAUCAGCGCCGGGAGGCCUUCAAGAGACAUGAGCGCCAGGCCCAGCACCGCUACCAGCAGCAGCAGCGGCGGAGGCGAGAGGAGGAGGAACGCCAGCGCCACGCAGAACAUCAUGCCCGCAGGGAGCGCGACGCCAGUGGCCGGGAGGAAGCUCGGGCUGAGGGCUCCGGGUUGGACCCUGCUGCCCCAGAGAAGGCCUCGGCCAAGGCCAAGGGCAGUGGGGCGGCAGGAGGCCAUGGGCCGGAGCGGCCCAAGCGCCCGGGGUCCCUGCUGGCACCUAACAACGUCAUGAAGCUGAAGCAGAUCAUCCCGCUGCAGGGCAAGUUCCUGUCGUCCGGGGCUGCAUCCUCGCUGGCCGGCGCGGGGGCCAACCUCACUGCCCGGCCGCCCCCUGCCCCAUCUCCCACAGGCAGUGACACCCGCCUGCCAGCCUUCCUCAGCUUCAGAUUCCUCAAGUCACCCGAGACCCGGCGGGACCCAGAGCGUAGCCACUCGCCGCCCAAAGCCUUCCAUGCCAGCAAGCUCUUCCCCUUCGGCGGGGCCCGGGCUGAGGCCGGGUCCAACGGGGCGGGCGGGCAGGCCCGGCAGGACGGGACCCCCAGCGGUGGCAGUGGUGGUAGCCGAGCCCAGCGGAGUGGGCCGGCAGACGAGGCCGCAGCCGAGGAGCCGGACACACCCCGGCCUGAAGAGGAAGGCUCAGGGACAGCGCCGGCCCCUGUGGGCGCCCCGGCCCUCCGCACCCGCCGCAGCCGGAGCCCUGCGCCGCCGCCGCCGCCGCCGCCAACACCGCUGCCCCGGCCCCCGACGCCACCCGCCGGCUGCUGGCAGUGGGACGGGCCGUGGGGCUGCGGGGGCGAGGGCGCCGCCCCCCGCCAGGCCCCUGCCGCCGCCGCCGCCGAGUGUCCGCCCUGCGCCCUCGCCGGGCCCCUGCCCGCCCCGGCAGCUGGCGUCCUGCCGGGGGACGCCAGCUUCUACAGCCUGCCGCCGCCGCCGCUGCCUCCCACCUCCGAGCCCCCGGAGCCCCCGGCACCGUCGCCCAGCCCCAGCUCCAGUCCCAGCCCCAGUUCCCAGGCCGUGUGCUGGCCCAGCGGCUGGCAUUAG